GCAGUAGCAGUGCGAGUUUAAACUUUUGUUUUCAAGUUCUCUCGUGUCUUAAAUUAUAUCCUUAUUUCUUAAUACUGGGAAGCGAUUGACGUUGUAUCUUCAUUUCAUUUGAAUAUAUAUAAGCGUUUUAUUUUGGACUGAUAACUAAAUUUCAUGUUAUAAAUCAGAAAGUUGGAAAUGAUUUAAAGUUUUGAUGGGUAGUCCGAAGCAAAAAAAUGAAGGACGGCUUGUCCAGAAGUUUGAAUACGCAUUGAAUUUAACAAUAGAAAAAUACAUAAGUUAUAUAAAAUUUUCCCUAUUAAAGGAGAAAUUUUGUCAAAUACAUGAAAAAGAUCAAGUGUGCUUAAAAAGAAUUCAUCAUCAGUUACAGAUGCAUUUAAAAACAGAAAUGAAGUUGAAAGCGUUUGAGCUGAGUGCUGAGCAUAAGGUUUUGUGUUUACUAAAUACUUUUGAAAAAAUUCUUGAUUGGGUUCAAAAGAGUUAUGCUGAUGAGGUAAUAUGGUCAGAACUAAGUAACAGUGGCAUGGACACUAAGCAUAACCAUCUUACCAAAGUGGAAUAUAAGGAUAAAUUGAAACUCUAUUUACAAAAAUUAUCUUCUGAGAAUAAUGCUGCUGAAAAUAUUAUGAUCAAGAAUCAUAAUGAAAUUUUAGAUUUGAAGGAUUGCAUCGUUGAUUUAAAUAAAGCUGUAUGUGAGCUUUUGGACGAUUUGAUUCAUAUUUCCAGUUGCAAACUAAAGAAAUCCCCUUCAAAAACCAAUUUAGAUGAUUCUGAUACGUAGCUUUUUAUAACUGUUGAGUUCCUUCCUUUGUUGAAAUCCUGUAGAAAUAUAUAUAUUUGUAUUGUAGAAAUAUAUAUAAAUAUUUGUAUUUUUGUAUAUUCGAGUAUAUGUAUCAAGUUUUGUAUAACCAUUUUAUAUAUUUUAUAUUGCCAAAUUUUUUUAUCCAUUAUCAAAACAAUGUGUGUCUGUAAGCACUCUGUUUGUGGUGUUUUUUUAAAAAUAUUUCAUUGUUGCUGGGAAAGUUUGUUGUAAUCUCUUUUAAUGUACUCAUUACAUUUGUUAUUAAUAUGGCAAUCCACAAGGUGGCUUCUUCACUCAUUUGUAUGCCAUAGCAGCCAUCUUACGUUUUUUGCAUUAAUGAUUUGGUAUCACUGAUAAUGUGAAGUGGGGUAUUUAAGUAGAUUAUAACCCAAAAUUUAAAGUAUUUUCAUUGUUUUGUUUACAAAUAUUUAACUGCAUGGUUUUCUUUCAUUGAUGAAAGUUACAAGAUAAAAUUUCUACUCAUUUUCCCCCCAUAUUUUUUGGUAAUGUUAUUAUGAAUCUUUAUGUAUUUUAUUUAAUGAUAUGUUUUUGUAGAAUCGAUUAACAAACCCCUAUAAUGUAUUAAACAAUAUAUCCAGUAUGUUAACAGAUUAGAUGGGCUACUCUUUAAUUUUCUUUUGAGAAUGUUUUUAUUCACCUAGUAUCUGCUAGAUGUUCUCAUAUAAUAUGAAUAAAAUGUGUGCUAUCAUUUGAAUGUUCAAAUUAACUGCAUAUUUUAUUUGAGAAAUAAGAAAAUAUUACUAUGUAAAAUAAUAAGCAAUUAAUUGUUAAAAUAAUGUUGGCAGAUACAAUUUUUUUAAGAGACUUGAUUCUAUUAGGGUGACCUAUUCGAUGGUGGAUUUUUGUGCAGGUACUAGAGACAUUCACCUUGACAAAAACUCUGCAAAACUUCAAAAUUUUUGUUUUAAGAGGGUAGUUGAAAUUUUGUUCGUCCAUAAUCUAAAAGUUGAUUACAUUGCUGUGUUAUAUUCUCUUAUUAUUCUAGUCACUGCAAUUAUCCAAGUUAUAAAAAGGCCAAUUGUAUUGCUCUAUUCAGUUUGUUUUUGGUUUGUUAGUAGAGUUGCAAUAGUUUUAUAAGUUACAAAAGUAAGAAAAAUUUUUCAUGUUGAUUUUCUUUUAUUAUUUCCAUAAGUCUGAUUUGAACAGAUACUUGGUUAGUAAAAAUAUAACUACUAUUCAAGUAAUAUCUAACUUUACAGUUAUAAAAAUAUAGUACAAGUGUAGCAGUUAUAUUACUCUUAACUUCUCUUUUGGAUACUAGAUGGCGAUGCCUGGUUAGGCCAUUCCAUAAUGCAUUGCGAGUGUAAUAAGAAUGAGAUGUGAUGCUCUACUGUUAAGCUGUGCGGUGGAUGUCUUGUCUUUGUGCUUGUUUAAUGUGUGAAUGUGAUUAUUAAAAGAAAUGUUCCUGAAAACAUUCAUCCUGUUGCUUCGUGCAUGGGUCAUAAUAAUUAUUAUGUAGAUUUUCAUUAGUAGAUUUAUUUUAUUUGUUGGUGAAAGAGGCUUUUCCUUUGCUAUUAAAUGUUAAAAGAAUUGUAAUGGAACAGAGUCGUGGAGAUAAUAUUUGACAGUUAAUCAGAGCAUUUAAAGUUAAUUUAUGUAUAGGAAAUUGAUUGAUUUUGGAAAUAUAAUGCAACUUAUUUAAUAUUAUAUUAAUGUUUAACUUCAUGUAAUAUUUUCUGUUAAAUUGUUGUUUUUUAUUAAAUUAUUGCAGUUCAGUUAUCAAAAGAAAAUUAUUUAUUUCUUUCAAUUAAUGAUAAAAAUGAAAUAGACAAAAUUAAUAUUCAUUUCCAUAAGUUCCUGAAGGAAACACUAAUACAAAAAGGAAAAAUAAACUUAAUAGAAUUAUUAUUAGUGAUAUAUUUAGAACUGGUUACCAUAGAAAUCAAAGAAAUUAAUAGUCCUUAAUUGGUCUCAUUCUGCCACCUCCUGUUCUAAUAAAAAAAAAUUAAGUUGCAAAUUAAUUAUUUUAACUUAGUAACUGCUUGU